AGGCACCCCUUUCGUGCGAAUAGUCCCGGUACACCCCUCUAUAAAAUGUACCCUACAUUUUGGUCGUAUUUUGGUUCAUCUAGAGCUGCUUCCCAGGUUGACAAUAGUAACGCACAAGUUCCUCGCUUCGGUAGCUUGCCUCGGGUCAUUUCGUUUUGACGGUAUACCAAUCCAGUGAACACAAUCGACGCGAAUAAAAAGUACCCGCAAGGUCAGGUUGUCUUUCCCUGUCCCUUCACCAUCCACGUAUUAACAAACAUUUGUCAGAUUAGUUAUGGCUUGCUAAGUGCUUGAGUAAACUUUGUUGUAUCACGCUUCCUAUUUUAGAAGAACUGUGGGCUAAGCUGACCCUAAGCUCGUGAUCAAGCUUGUUUCAGUCGUCUCUAAGGCACACGUCACUACCGGAUGUCACGUAACAUGAACAAAUAUGGUGAUAAAAAGAAACGUUACUUGAUAGGGAAGCCAAUUUCGCAAAGCAACCUUUCUUUCGCAUUAAAAUCACGUUACUCUUGAUUUCCCCUGCGAAGAAUUGUGAACGAUGACCUAAUUACUUUGAGGAAUUAUUUAUUCAGCAACCCCAGGCCAAACGGCCGCUUGAAGGCAUUGUAUUGUCUAUUUGAUCGCAAACACGGCUCUUUGGAAUAAUUCGCUUGAAUAGAUUCAUGUUUGUCACAGAUUCAACUCCAUUUCUGAGAGAUCAAUCUCUUGUUUCUCCUUACGUUGUUAACACAUUGAUAUUCAGACAUAUGAUGAGUUUUCAGAUAAUCAUCAGCAAGGGCCAGUGUAGUUUACUAUCAAAUUCUCAGAACUAACAUAAAUGUUUCAUCGACGAGAAAACUGAACAUGUAUGUUUUAAAGUGAACGAGGGGUGGAUUAAUUGAAGACGUCUUUUCUAAAUAUAGAGAGCACUGAAGCAAAAAUCGUAUAAAUUAACACAAGCUUAUGAUUAGGUCCCCAUUUUAUACCUGGUCUUUAUUUGGUCUCAGUUUGAUUGACAGUCCACGUGUUCAUAAACAAAUCUCGGACCGAAUUUUUCGACUUUUUUGGCGUAAUGUUCAGUCAAGUGGAACCUACACCCAAAACAAACACAACCGGAAGUGAUUCACCCUUAUCGCGUCCGUCACUUGACUAGCAUGAGGAAAGGUGUUGCCAUGUUUUUGGAACCCUUAAGUAUUCGCGGGCGAGCAAAUUUUUCAGUUAGAAAUCAGAGCAAACGCAACACAGAAAGAUGGCUUACCAAUCUCUGUUUGUUAAUUUUCUCGUUCAAUGUGGACUUCUUGGGUUCUGCUUCCCCACGGCGGACAGUUACAUCAUUCCGUGCCAACCGCGUGACGGAUCGAGCGGUAGCGUUACCUCAGUUAUUCUGAGCGUUAAACGCUUCCAGAACAUCUCUGUCAAUUUCCGUCGGAGCAAACCUCGUCUGUUGUCAGCUGUGCAUCACACAAUACCAAAUGACGGGAAAAUACAUUUCUUUGACUACAAGCUCAAGGCAAAGUUUCGUGGAAGGGAUUUAUGCGUCUCAACAGAGAAAGAAACGGUCGUAAACGAAAAAGGAUCCGGGGAAACUAGACAAUAUUCAUGUGAACGCGUUUGCCUGGGCCUUGGAGACCGCGUGAAUCUGGUCACCAACUCUUCCUCUGGUGGUCGUUUGUGGCCUGGGCGCGGAUGUUGCGUGUGGAGACGGGAUACUUUUUUGCAGCUGAGCCUAAUGACCGCGGGCCCUCGCUGCCUUAAAUGCCAGGGUAGGAUGUGCCUACAAGAUCGCGUGACAACCACGCAGUGUCCCCCCGGAGAUAGAUGCUUUGCCAUUACGUUGAACAAAGAGGGCGGCUCGGCAGGAACAAACUCAAGCAUUCUGCCAAUCAUGCUUGGUUGCUCCAGUGACGAUGGACUGCGUGGUUACUCAUGCCACGACGGAUGUCGGCGAGAGGUAGAAAUCGUGGGGUCUGGGAAGAGACGAGUCUGCGUCCGAUGUUGCACUGGGCACGAGUGUAACAAGGUGGGAGGAGCCAAAGACAAUGAGACUGAAACCGCUGUCAUAGGAAAAGGCGCUCACGAUACAAAACUAUCAGAAAAAUUAGAAACUAAUGGAUUUUCUAGAGUUACAAGUGAUAAGCAGUUGUUAGUGAUCUCGUUAUUAUCAACCCUUUGGUUGUUUAGAAGUAGAGAGAACUUACAAUCAUAGCUUUUUAUAACGAAAUUUCGCCCAUUAGGAUUUCACAUCUACAACCAAUUUCUAAACCCAAGAUUGAGUUUGUAGAAAGCACAAUCCUAGUCAAUGUUGAAAAUAUUUUGAUUCUGAAAAUUAAUUAAUUUGUUACAUACAUUUCUGGGUCGGCAGCGGCAACGAUUGGUAAAUUAUGUUAAGUCUCGCUCAGAAUCUAGCCUGAAAUUUAGACUCAAAAGCUACGCCUGUAAUAUUUUUCCAUCGAGAGUCCAUCUGACGAGAGCACUUAAGAUACCUCGUUUCCCUUUCUAUUUUCUAUGUCAUUUUCAACUUCUCACCCAAAUCCAGAGGACUUCUCAAAUAAAAGUCUUGUGGACCUCGGUAAAAAUUGCAAAAGACUAAAAUCGAAGCUAAAAAGAAAAAGAGCUGAGAAGGAGACCGAGGGAGGAAUGAUGAUCUCCUCCGAUACCGCUAGCUCACGGUUCAAUCACGAUUUCAAGAAAUCAGUCAGCGGCUGUAAACAAACAAUAACGGGUUAUUUAUUAAUUUACCACACAUGAGUGUAAAUCUUUUUAUCUUUCGAUCCGGUACACAAUACGCUGACUCAGCACUUGAAGACAUGUAAAUAAAAUCACUUAUUAUAAGAUUAUUGCAUUUCUUUGGCUCAAGCUGAGUUCCACGGACUCUUUAACUAUCUUAUUGUGUGACUAGCUGCUCUUGAAACUUACACCACUUUUUUUAUUUCUAUAUUGUGGAUUAUGUCUAACAUCUGUUUGAAGGUUUGUUAUCGUUCAACCUUCAGAAGACAGUGUGUCUCGCCAUAACACAAAGCCUUUUUUGUUUUUUCUGAGCAGUACAAGGUUCAUUAUUGAAACAGCUUUUACACCAGACCUUCGGGCUUGUAGCGGAACAGGGUUCCAUUGUUCCGUCAUAUUCUUACAGGUCUUUGUCGUUCCAAAUUCAUUUUAAUAACUCUGGACUCCAAAGGUGCAAAAUUAUUGAGCUUCAGACUCCACAAACACUUAAAGGACCUCCGUCUCGGGCCCUUGUUAUAGUGUUCCAGCAGUUACUAAAACGUUCUUGUUUCAGCCCCUCUCGGUCAUCUCAACACAUUUUCUGCUCUGUUCUAGAUCUGAUUAUCGAUCCAGAGCAAGAACAAAUUUGCCGAUCAAUAAUCACAAGAUUAUAAGUCGUCGUUCUGAUGUCUCUCAGCGAACUGACGCAGAGCGUCAGCAUAACCUUCUGCGGUUCUCUUACUGAAGCCUUUCAGUCGUUGCAUCUUUGACUGCGCCCUACGGAAAGCUAUCAUGCCUGCUAGUGCCCGUCCCCCUCUAGAGCCAGGUCUCUCGCAUAACGUACAAUUCACCGCAUGUGGAUCACCGUUCACACCAGCCAGCGGUAUUCCAUGUGGACAUACACACUCGGGCUCAGUGUCCUCAGGAAUGCUGGCGGUGGAAGCUUGAAAGAGAAUCCAAACCGUUAGAAAUACUUUUAAGUCAAUCGUUUAGAAAGGCACCUAAACAUCGCACUAAUAAAGCAAACCAUGAAAUAGGUAUGUUUGCCGACAGCGGAAAGUAAAACCGGGAUGUGAGUGGAUACAUACAUCUCACUGUCCUUGGAGCCUUUUUGUAUUAGCCAUCGAACGAUUAGAGUUUGCUCAACUCUUAUUGGUUGAAUCCUUUUCGUGAUCGCUUAGUCCGCUGCUUUGAUUUUCAACCAAUGAGGAGUGAAAUUUAAAAGCUUGCGGCCAACACUUUCGCCUCCCGCUUUCGCGGGCUUGAUAAAGACAUUAAGACAGCCAUUCGAAAACCAUCAAAACGUU